AUGUCCAUUGCUGCUGCCUUUGCCUUGAAGCAAGUCCCAGCUUUAUCUUCAGCUCCAACGCAUGCUUUUACUCCGGUGGUCUUCCUUUGGUCUUCUUCUACUAGCAGCCCACACUCGAAGUUGCAGAGCUCAGAUGAUGGCAGUUCCACAGCUAAUAGCAAAUUUGUUGCCCGUCAUGAUGAUGUUGACGACGACGACCAGGACUUAGACGACGGCGACUUGAGACUCUCCGGUUCACAUAGGGGUGAUGAGGGUCUUGCUGGAGAUGUAAAAAGCAUUGUGAAUAUAUUAAGUCUGCGAAAAUCGUUGGGGUCUGAGAUGACAAGGAAGCUUGAUGAAUGUUGCAUAGCAGCCUCAUCAGAGCUGGUGGUGGAAGUUCUUUCACGCGUUCGCAAUGAUUGGGAAUCGGCAUUCGCCUUCUUCCUCUGGGCUGGAAAGCAGCCAGGCUACGCUCAUUCGCUGCGUGAAUAUCAUUGCAUGAUCUCCAUUAUGGGCAAAAUGAGAAAGUUUGACACUGCCUGGGGUUUGAUUGAUGAAAUGAGAGGUUUGUCACUUGUCACUCCUCACACACUCUUGAUCAUGAUUAGAAAAUAUUCUUGUGUACAUGAUGUUGGGAAGGCUAUCAACACUUUCUACGCUUAUAAACGCUUUAACUUGGUGGCUGGGAUGGAUGACUUCCAUGGCCUUCUCUCCGCCCUUUGCCGCUACAAAAAUGUACAAGAAGCUGAGCAAUUGCUAUUCUGCAACAGAAAUGUCUUCCCCUUUAACACCAAGAGCUUUAACAUUAUCCUCAAUGGUUGGUGCAAUAUCAUUGUAAGUCCCCGUGAGGCCGAGAGAGUUUGGACUGAGAUGAGCAAGAGAGGUGUUGUGCACGAUGCUGUCUCGUAUUCAUGUCUCAUAUCUUGCUAUUCAAAAGCCUCUAACAUUAACAGGGUGCUCAAGCUCUUCGAUCGGAUGAAGGCAAUGAAGAUUGAGGCGGAUAGGAAAGUUUACAAUGCACUCAUUUACGCUCUUGGAAAGCGCAGGCUCCUGAAAGAGGCUAUCAAUCUCGUGAAAACAAUGCAAGACAAGGGUAUUGCUCCCAAUGUUGUCACUUAUAACUCGCUCAUCAAACCUCUCUGCAAGGCCGGGAAAAUUGAUGAGGCUAGACACAUCCUUGAUGACAUGUUGCAGCGAGGCCAUCUUCCCACAAUUCAGACUUACCAUGCCUUCUUCCGUAUUUUGAGGACUGGAGAGAAAGUGUUUGAGCUCUUGGAGAUGAUGAAAUACACAGGUUGCCACCCAAAUACUGAUACCUACAUAAUGUUGAUUCGAAAAUUUUGUCGAUGGCGCCAGCUUGAUCACGUGUUCAAGUUGUGGAGUGAAAUGAGUGAGAAUGGAGUCAAUCCUGAUCGUAGCUCAUAUAUUGUGCUGAUACAUGGGCUCUUUUUGAAUGGAAAGUUGGAGGAAGCCUACAAAUAUUAUAUGGAGAUGAAAGAGAAACAGUAUUUACCAGAACCAAGGACAGAAGAGAUGCUUCAGUCAUGGCUGUCUGGUAAGCAGAUUUCCACAUUCCAAACAACUGAUAAAGAAGGAGAUCAACUGGACUGUAGUCAGCCAGACAUGAAAACUAGUGUAAUAUCCAAUAAAUCUCAUCAGGAAAAAGAUUUCCUUCGGCAACCUGAGACUAGGAAAGUUGUAAGGGAGCGGGGGUUUUCUUUUUGGGAGCAGUAG